AGUCAAUAAGCAAAGCGAUGCAUUGUUUUCUAAUUUUAUUAUUGUUCAUUUCAGUUUCGUGCUCGUCUUCGUUAUCAGACUGAAGGACUUGAAGCCAUGUCGGAUGUUGCAACCAUGUCCCGUGUUUCCUUGUCCCUGCAGUCAUCUUGGUCCACCACCGAACUUAAGUCGGGCGGGUCCACUCAUGUCUCCGAUGGAGACGAAUUCAACGAGGAAAAACUAAGCGAGAAAGAGUCAAGCUCACAGUCAUCGUAUAAUCCGAGCAGUCAGUCCUCAUCAACCGAAAUCGUCACUUCUCGCAAGCCCAUUUACUCGUAUUUAAUUGGCGCAGACAUCGAACAGUACAUUCGCCCUACCAAGCCUUCCCAAUGGAUAAUCGGUGAAGUUGACCUAACAGAAAAGUUUGGAGUAUCGUGCCUUGAUCGUCGAUAACGCACGCAAAAUGAAGGCCUUGUCACAAGUAGAUCAGCUUGCCCUAAACUUUAUCUGCCUUAUCUCCAACAACUCUAAAUCUGGCAAUUUAACGGACGGAGACGUGUGGGAUAUCAUGGUUGAACAAUGCCGAGAUGAGAUCCCUCUGCAACCCUUAAACAGGCCACAUAGUACA